UUGGGGAGGAGAGCUGCCCAGCCAGUUUGCGUCACUGCUUCUGAGCGCACAGAGCGGAGCGAGUCGGAGAGAGCCAGACAAGUUUGAAGGGGAGCGCAGGCUGAGGCAGCCUCCGCGGAUCUUCUCUCCCACCCCCCAAACCUUUCCUCUCUUCUCCCACAACUUUUCUCUCUGUCCUUAAACUUCCCCCCCAAACUCCCUAAUUAGCCAAAGGAAGGAGGUAAGGGGAACCCUCUCCCCUCCCCCCUCCGAAAAUAACUUUUCCAGUCCGGAGCAAGUAGGGGACCGAGUGGGCACCGGCUGGCUAUGGAGCUGCUGUGCUGCGAGGUCGACCCGGUCCGCAGGGCCGUGCGGGACACCAACCUGCUGCACGACGACCGCGUUUUGCAGAAUUUGCUCACCAUCGAGGAGCGCUACCUUCCCCAGUGCUCCUACUUCAAAUGCGUGCAGAAGGACAUCCAGCCCUACAUGCGCAGGAUGGUGGCCACCUGGAUGCUGGAGGUCUGUGAGGAGCAGAAGUGUGAAGAGGAGGUCUUCUCUUUGGCCAUGAAUUACCUGGACCGCUUCCUAGCUGCAGUCCCGACCCCAAAGACCCACCUGCAGCUCCUGGGUGCUGUGUGCAUGUUCCUGGCCUCCAAGCUCAAGGAGACCAUCCCCCUGACCGCUGAGAAGCUGUGCAUUUACACCGACAAUUCCAUCAAGCCCCAGGAGCUGCUGGAGUGGGAGCUGGUGGUGCUGGGCAAGUUGAAGUGGAACCUGGCGGCCGUCACACCCCACGACUUCAUCGAGCACAUCCUUCGGAAACUGCCCCAGCCCAAUGAGAAGUUGCCUUUGAUCCGCAAGCACGCGCAGACCUUCAUUGCUCUGUGCGCCACCGACUUCAAGUUCGCCAUGUACCCCCCGUCGAUGAUCGCAACUGGAAGCGUGGGAGCUGCCAUCUGCGGGCUCCAGCAGGAUGAAGACGUGAGCUCACUCACUGGCGACGCCCUGAUAGAUCUGCUGGCCAAGGUCACCAACACGGAUGUGGAUUGCCUCAAAGCCUGCCAGGAGCAGAUUGAGGUGGUUCUGCUCAACAACCUGCAGCAGUUCCGCCAGGACCAGGGUGAUGGAUCCAAGUCAGAGGAUGAACUGGACCAAGCCAGCACCCCCACAGAUGUGCGGGAAAUCGACCUGUGAGGUGGUCACUUGGGCUGAGGGGAGAGAUAUGUUCCAAUCUGUUCUCUCCUCUCUGGUUAUGUUUUUGUUCUUUAUGUUUUAGGAUGCAACUUAAAAAAAAAAAAAAUCUGCCCCCACCUAGAUCAUAUGGAAAGAUCUUUUAGAAGUGAGAGAAAGAGGUCCUAUAAAAAUGGAAUAAUUAAAAGCAUUUGGUGCCUAUUUGAAGUACAACAGAAGGGAAUCCCUUGUAUAUGCGAACAGUUAUUGUUUGAUGAUGUUAAAAGUAAUAGUGAAAUGCUUACAGCAAACUGCAGAGUAGCUAGAGAAAACGUCUGCAAUAUGGGAACGAAUUAGAGGAGACUUUUUUUUCAUGUUACCAACUAGCACAUACACCCUUUUAGGAUCAUUUCAAGGAACUGCGUAUGCCAUGUAUGACAUGAUCAGAUUGCAAAGCAAUGAACUCGAGAAGGAAUCAGAAAGGAGGAGGGAAGAUGGGGAGGACAAUACAGUCUCUCAGCGCGAUCGAACCAUUUGGAUGUAGAAGCACCUUUGCUCCCAGCCACUCUUUUUCCAGGUCAGGAGCAUCGCUGCAUCUCUCGUUAAGAACUCUUGCUGUCUACAGUAGCUGCUACCUAAAAAGAUGUUUUAUUUUGCCAGUUGGACAAUUGGAUUCUGGGUUUUCAUGUUUUCUGACAUCCUUGCUUCUACUUCCAAUGUGGUUCAUUGCAGGCUUCAUCGUACUUGGAUUGAAAGGGGCGAUUUAGCAAUGGGCUGUCACCAAAACUCUUCUGAACAGAGGCAGGUGGAGACCAAGGGUGGGAUCUGGAACGAAAUCUUUUCUUUUUUGAGUGUUAAAGAGAGUGAUGUGACCUGGGCAUCUCUGAUUAGGAAAAAACUUUUUUUUUUUUUUUGGUGCUGAUUGGCAUGUCUGGUCCACUGUAUAGCAUUUAUAGCAUUGUUAUAAACCAUUCCAUUCGAAAAGCACUUUGAAAAAUUGUUCCCGAGGGGUAGAUGGGAUGGUUUAUGCAAAUCAUGCUGAAUAGACUCCUCCCUUUUCCUGCCCCCUCCCCCCCUUGCUUAGUAACUCUCCCAUCCUGGUAGCUGUCAUUCUCCGGUACAUAGUUCUGGGGUCCCUAACCAGGACUCAAGAGAUACCCUCUUCCGCUGACAUUCCCCAUGACAACAUUCCUCAGAAAAGCCUAAACACAAAAGAUCUGUUACCAUUUCGAUGACACAGAAGGAUCUUAAUACCCACCAUAUUUACUUCUCUUUUGGACAUGGAAAGAAAAGUUAUUGCUGGUGCAAAAACAGACAAAUGAACAUCCUCAGAGUGUGGCACUGUGUUCCCUUUCCGUUUUUUGCUCAUUUCAUUGCAAAGUUGUGUUCAGCGUACUUGAAUUUUUUUCCCUCUCCAUUUCUUAGAGGCAUUCAGUUAACAAAGAGGUUGGAGCAACAACUUUUUUUUUUUUUUUUGCACAAUUAUAAUUGACAGGUAAUGAAGCUAUUUGUUGAAAUAUUUGCCUUUUUUAAGUAAAAAAAAUCAGAACAGGGCUUCUUGGAAGAAUUAUUUUAGACGCAGAUUCUGCCUUGUUUCGCGUAGUAGGAUGGUGGAAGAUGGAGAAAAAUCUAAGGGUCUCUUAUUUUUCGUUUUAUUGUGUUCAGUUUUUUAUUAUUUUUUUUUUUUUGCGCUGCUAAGAGGCUAAGAUCAUUCAUCCUUAUUCACAUUAACAGUACCUAGCUGUAAUGUUUUCACAGAGUGUGCUGCUAUUUUAUAAACAUUUUUAUAAUAUAUUAUUUUACUGCUUAAAUUCCAAGUCCUGAAGUGGAUGGUUGAGAUAUGAGUUCUUCGUACUGGAAAAGCCCUUCCAUAGUUUCUUCUUCUUCUGGUAGCAUAUUCAUGGUGAUUUUUUUUUUUCAUUUUGGGUUUUGUUUUGUUUUGUUUUUCUCUCUGAUCACAUUCUUCAAAGACAGAGUAUUCUUUACCUCAGGUUUACUGGAUAAAAUCAAUAGCUAAAAAGAAAACGAUUCACACUUUUGUUUUCAUAAUACCUCACAACCACACAGUUUCUGCUUGGGAGCCCAUUAGCGUGGGAGAGGGGACGCAGGGAAGGGACUGCAAACUCCUCUGUUGUGGAAGGCAGGGCGGAGUCGGCCCCCGGGUCCAGUGGGCAAGGUCGUCAGGCUUCCAUUUUGACUCUGGUAUCCUCCUCAUGAUGGUUCCCCACCCCCCACCCCCACCCCCAAUGCAGACAUUCUGGGCACAAACAUUUAUGCAAUGGACUAGGAAGUCAGGUAUCAGGAGACAGAUGUAAAAGCAUUCUAGCAGGCGAUUUCAAGAUCCUCAUCUUGCAGGCCUUUCCAAAGCAGGCUUCCAUCUGCUUAGGGUCUUUCCAUCUUGAAAGUUUGCCCUCUAUCUUUUUCCUUCCCUGACAUGGGCAUCCCCAGUUUAGGAUAAUCUCAGAAGUUUUUAGAAGUGUUAGAAUCUCUAGAAGUCCUAGGUCUGAGUCGUGGGUCUGUGUCUCUGCAGGAUGCAGUAUUGUGGGGUGCCUGCUUCCCAGCCACAGCAGGUGUGCGCCCUGCAUUGCCAGACCCUCUGGCAAGCGGUGCUAAAGAGUCUUCAGGUUUUAAAUUGCAUUGAAGUGGCAUGGUUGGAAAAAUAGGUGAGAUGUGUAUUGAAUGGUAGUCGAAGGGAGGUGGAGAGGCCGCUUAUCUGCAGCGAUGCAUUCCAGAUGGGUGGAUGCACUCCAGAUGAGUUGGUCUCUCUUGCAGUGUGGCUAAAAGCGUUCAGGACUUGAUGAGUUAGCAUGACCCUAAAAUACUAGGGAGUUUCUGUUGGGGCAGUGGAUGGUGAAUUCUGAAGUUUUGAAGAGGAAAGCUGCACAGCCAGAUUUUUUCAAAGGGCCCACCUUGCACAGAUCACUGUCCUGGGGCAGCCCACUGGCUGGAAGAAGGCAUGGUCUCUAGAGCCCUGGGCAUCUCAGAGCCUGAAGGGAAAGCAAGGUCAAAAGUCAUGUCAUGGUGACCAGCCCCUAAACUCAAACAGAAGCAGCCAACGACAGACCCUGACAAAGAAGGAAGGGGACAGGCCUGCAGAUGCUUCCUGUAGCCUGGAACUUUCCCUUUCCUGGGUGCCCCUGGGGCUAUCCAGCUCUUUCUCCUUCCUGUCCUGUCCUCCUGGCCUAGUGUGAAGGGAGUGAGGGGCCCUUCGGGGGAAGGUGCUAGGUGGUCUGACUUUUCUGCCUCCCACCUCUGGUGGAAGGGGGAACCCUGGAUUUCUUAAAGGGGCUUAUACCCUCCCCCUGGAGCUGGGUUUCCUUGGUAGGGUUGUUUUUGUUUUUGUCUGGGAGAGUUCACUUCUCCCCGGGAUUUUUUUUUUCUCUCUCAACCUCCCACUAAAGGGGUUUCAGGCCUAUUCUGGUCUCUUUCUACGCUGUCAUCUGUUUGUCUCUUCCUUACCCCUCCUCUCUCUGUUUUUAUUCACUCCACCAGUGGGGACUAAGCUGUCCCCUCAUCUGCCAAAUUUUGCUUCUUCCCCUAUUUUGGCCAAACCCCAGGGGGGAUGAUAAUCCUAGUAUGCCAAAAAUAUAUGCCUAAGCAUAACAAGACGCCAUGCGGGUUCCUAACAGUCAAGAAGCCUGUGGUGGCAGCGGGGACAGCUCCCUCAACAGAAGGUCCCCCUGUGCUAAAAGGAGAGCUCCUGGAGAAUGGGUUCUCCAAGAGGAGGUUCUUCUGGAACAACCCCAGCCCCCCCCCCCAAGUCUCACAGCCAGCUCCCCUCUGGUCUACCUGCUCUGUCCUAGAGGUUCUAUUCUGCCUCUCUUCCUAGCCAGGUCGGGCGCGCCUGGCUUCGAGACCACCCUCUGAUGGGGCCUCACAUGACCAGGCUGGAGGGGCAGCAGACCCCGGCUGGCAAGGUGGGCCCUUCAACCGGAAGCUGGCGUCUCUCAGCCUCUCCACACCGGCCUGGGGGCCUCUGGGACAGGCCGGUCGAGAACAUUAGGCAGGAUUGCGUGACUUUCUCAAAGAGGGCAGGGGAAUUUUCUCUCCAUAGGCCAGUGGGCAGGGCUGGGAGAAGAAAUAGACUUGCACCUUAUACCAUGUAAAUAAUGAUUUUCUAGUUCAAGAAGAUAAUAUUGGUAGUGUGGGAAUGGGAGGUAGAAAUGAGGAGGAAGUGUGAGCUAAGCCAGCUGGCUUCUACGCCAAAAGGAUUCCUCUUUGUUUAUCUUUGAGACAGUCCAACCCUGAGAAUAGCUUUAAAAGGGAACUUAGUGCUGAGACGGUAAAAUCCCCUUCAGCCAACACCAGGCUGCAGCUCCAGGGUGAGCUCAGCUUCCAUUGGGUGGGCUCGGGGCCGUGUUCGAGAAUGCCCCUGCAGUUUUCCAUGUGUACAAAUAGGGCAGAAGACUCCAGAGGAUGUUGAUGGCUUCCUCGGACCACGUGGCUUUUCCUGAUUCUGGAUUCUAAACCACCCAGACGGGUCCUUUCUACCAGAAUGAUCCCCUGCAUUUGCGUGCUCUCUGCCUUCAGACGUGGCUGGGUUAUCCGACCCCAUGCUUGGUUCAGGUCCCAAGGAGCCAUCAGCAGACGUUCUGUGCAUGCUGGCGCUACAUGUACUCCUUUGCCUGCAGCCUACUUUGGGGGAAAAAAGUGCCUUACUGACUGUAACCAUUACAGUAUCCAGUGUAUUUUGACAGGUGCCUGUCCUUAAAAGUAAAAAAAGUUUUGUUUCGUUUUGUUUUGAAAUUGGUUUUCAUUCUUACUGCCGGCCAACCCAGCAAACCACCGGGCCACUGGAUUUUUUUCCAUUAUGAUGUUUGUUGCCCUCAUACUUUGUACCUCAGCUCUUUCUCUUUCUCUCUCAGUUAUAGUUUCUCGUCUUGGACUUCUUUUAUUAUUAUUAUAAUUUUUUUUUUUUUUUUUUUGCUUUACAAACGAGUGUGAUGCCAUAUCAAGUCAAUGUUAUUCUCUCACAAUGUACUCUAUAAGAGGUGUGGGUGUUUAUUUGGUCGGGAUGCUAGCAAGUGCUACAGUAGCAUGAUCGGUGUACACGAGAGGGUUUAGGAAGUAAGGGAAAUUGCCCGUUGGCUGUGAUGGGACACGGUAGAGUCAGCUGCCUUUGAAGAGGCCCUAUCUGUUCAGUGUUAAGUGAUUUUUUUAAAAAAAAGAAAUAAUAACCUGUUAUUCUGAUUAGCUUAAAGAUGGAAUUGAAAUGGUUUGGGAUGCAAUUAGGUUGUGCUAUUUGGACAAUAAACUCACCUUGACCUAAA